AUGGGCGGCUCGUCAGACGGUGAACAAGAGCAUCACCAACAGCCACCAACUGCUGAGCGGCCUCCAGUGGACGCCAGCAAUGGCUACCAGACGCGCCCUCAUCCUGUUUCUCGCGGUUAUAUGAACGGCGUGUAUUAUCCCAGCUGGCUGGUGUAUAAAGACAAGACGCCUGCGACUCUUGACGUUGCUAAUAUUACGCACAUCUUCUAUGCCUUUGUUGGUGUCAAUGAAGACGGUUCGCUUCGCUGGAUCGAUGAGCACGCCGACUUAGUCAAGGAUGUCGAUGGCGAGAAAGGCGCUCUGCAUGCCCUCGCCAAACUCAAGCGCCAGAACCCUCAUCUCAAGACGAUUGUAUCUAUUGGAGGAGGUGCCGAUAGCAAACAGUUUUGCACGCUGGCUGCCAGUCACAACGGGCGACAGACGCUUGCAAAGCAGGUUCGCCAUCUCUGUGACCGCUAUAAACUCGAUGGCGUUGACAUCGACUGGGAACAUCCUAAAAACACAGCAGAGGGUCACGACUAUGUGAAGCUUCUCCAAGAGUGCCGCAAUGUCCUUCCUGAGAAUACAUACCUUCUCACCACCGCUCUUCCCGUCGGCCAAUAUAUCCUCAAGCACAUCGAUCUCAGAGCAGUGUCUCGUCUAGUCGAUUACAUCAAUCUCAUGGCAUACGACUUCACCGGUUCCUGGACAAGCGUCUGCGGCAACCAAGCACAGCUCCACUCCCCUCGAGGCGGCCUCCAGUCUUCAUACCCAGAACUCGGCGUAUGCGCCACAGAUGGCGUCGAAUAUAUCUUGUCCAAGGGCUUCCCCAGUAGGAAACUUGUCUUUGGCGUUCCUGCUUACGCGAGAUAUUUCCCCGUCGCCGAGGGGCCUGGCUGCUCUACCGAAGGCGCAGGGGAAAUGGACUACUACGAGAUGCCGGAUGAAUGGGUUGAUAACGCCGUGGUUGAAGAGACAUCUGUGGCAGCCUGGUACGUAGAUGCAAAUAGUGGCAAAGGCUACAUUACGUUUGAUGUUCCGAAGACUGUCCAUAUGAAGGCCAAAUAUGUGGUUCACAAGAACCUCGGAGGGCUGUUCUACUGGACGGGCACUGGUGACAAGCCUGGAAGGCUGAGCUUGGUGGCUGCUGGGAAAAGAGGGCUCGACGAAUGA